AUGUCGGUGAUAUCUCCACAGUCGAGACCGUCUAUUCCGGCGCCUGGCCAGGCGACCGAAGAGUCUCUUUCGUCAUUGCGGAACGCGCUUCAGGAAGCCAGGGAUGCACAGCAAAAUGAGAACGAUUCUCAGCCAGAAGACGAUGGCUCAGCUGAUGAAGCCGGAGGACCUGGAAAGCCCGCAAAACGGCCCAAACGUGCCCGCGCAUGUAUUGCUUGCCGCAACAUGAAGAUCCGGUGUCUGCCUGUUGAAGGCCAGGAAGCAUGUCUUGGCUGCUCCAAGGUCAACCGGGAGUGUGUAAUGCCUGGUCCUGCGCGCAAACGACAGAAGACAGUCCACAAAGUCGCCGAGCUAGAGAAGAAGAUCAACGCAUUAACCGAUGCUUUGAUAAGUCAGCAACAGGCGAAUCCGACACCUCCCAAGAGCAACUCUCCCACUGCUAGUCGGGAUCCGCCCACGAAUACAUCAGCUACUUCAGAUCCAAACCGCGAUCUAGAACGGUUGAAUCAGUACGAUCGUGAUUUAGUUGCCCGGAAGGAGGUCACAUUCGAGCAAGGCGACCUCGAUUGGGGCUGCUCGAAAUGGAACAAAAUCCUGGCCAGCAAGGAUGCCGAGGAACCCUACGUCGAUAUCAUCGAUCGCGGACUGCUUGAUAUAGCAUCUGCGACGAGGAUCUUUGACUACUAUGUUUCCGACAUGCUGCCACACUUCCCACUCCUGGCAUUUCCACCAACCAUCUUCGCGCAAGAUGUCCGGACUGCUCGACCAAUGCUUUUUCUGGCGAUACUUGUGGUCGCUUCUCCGAGUGUUAAACCAGAGCUACACCAAAAUUUGACAGUCGAGCUCACACGACAGCUCUCCGAACGCAUUCUCUUCCUGGGUGAGAAGUCUCUUGAGAUUGUCCAAGCUAUUCUCGUGCACACCAGCUGCUACAGUCGUUCGAAGUAUGCCAAGGAUCUGACCUUCAAUCAACUCAUCCAUUCCGCCAUCGUGAUGUGUCUCGAUCUUGGCAUGGGCAAGCGCUACAAGAAGCUCGAUCGAGAUAGCGUUGAGGAGGCAGAGAUCCGACGGACAUGGCUUGCCUGCUACUACUUCGCCUCUAACGUCUCCAUCCUUCUGCGGCAUCCCUCCCUUGUACGCUGGACACCCUAUCUCGAGGAGUCCUGCGAUUUUUUUCUCAAGUCGCCUGAGUCCGUUGAUAAAGAUCGCUGGUUGUGCGCCAUGGUGCAGUCUCAGCGCAUGGCAGAAGAAAUAUCUGUCGUCUUCAACAUGGACGACCCAAGCAGCACCAUAUCGUUCGGUGACACUGCUACCCAGUACCAGCUGAAAGCUUUCGAGAAGCAGCUCGCAUCGUGGCCUGAAACCGUACCCUCCACCAUCAACAAGCACAUCUCUCAACAUAUGGCCGCUUCGCUAAACCUCUACCUCCACGAGAUCGCCAUCCACCACGACCACAACGUCGACGAUUUCCGACCCGACCCCGAUGGUAUGGACAAGAGCAUGGACCUCGAUCCUAUCACACGAGGUGCACACAAGUUCGACAGCGGCUCAUUUGUCACCACGCGCCACAUCGAUGCCCUCUCGAAGUGCCUCGACGCAUGCCACCAAGUUCUCGACAACUACCUUGCGCUCCCGAUCCAGGUCGCCCGCAGCAUCUCCAAUCUCGGCAUCGUCUGGAACACUUACGCAGCCGUCGCGCUCAUCAAGUUGCAUGGCGUCCUUCACGCACCCGACAGCAAAUUCGGCUCGAUCUUCACGCCGAACCUGAAAGUCGAGUGGUAUCUCGAUUCCUUCAUCCACCGCCUUCAGGAAGUCUCUGCCGAUGGGCGCUGCCCACCAGCCGAAGCAUUCGUAUAUGUCAUGCACAAGCUGCGGCACUGGUUCCAACAUAAGCAUGCACCUAACGUGGACCCAGAGGAGAACGACGUGUGGGGCGUCAUUCACCCAACCGCCAAUGAAGCUCAGAAGAAAGACGCCAAUAACAUAAUGAAAGACAUUCAACAAGGCUACAGUCUUCCGCCCGAGGGUCUGCCUGAUCGGGUGAUCGACUUGGUCGACAACAACGAUGGUAGAGACAACAGCGGCUCUCUCAACGGCCCCAACAUCGCCAUGGUCGGCGCUCAAAGCUUCAGUGGCCCGUCGACCUCUCGCCAAAAUAGCCUCUCCCAACAACAACGGCAGCAGCAACAACAAACACAACAAUCUCAACCGCUAAUUGGCACCUCCAGCAUGCCCGCCUCUCAACUCGACCCCACCAACAACAAUGUCUCCAACAACGGCGCCAGCGGCGGCAUUCUUGGCGGCGGAUUCCCCUCCAGCGCCUGGUCCUCCGCCUUCUCACAGCAUCAAUCCCAAAUGCUGCCCACCCCGCAACAACUCACACAAACCCUGAACCCGCAGCAGCAGGGGAUGUCAAGCGAUCUCAACGCAGCGUACAACGCGCAGAAUUAUAACAUUGAUUGGAGCGAGUUGCAGUUUGGGCGGGGCGAGAUGGAGGUCUUUGAUGAGUUCAUGGGUGAGAGGGGGUGGAUGGGGUAUUUGAUCUGA